AGCGCGCGAGCGCGGGAACGCGACCAAGCGCCUUUUCUCUUGAGCCUCGCGGGUCUCCGUAGUUUCCUCUGAAAGCUCACGUGAUUCUUUCUGGUUCUUAGGCUGCCGCGGAGCUUACCGGGACGGAAGCCCGGUCACCUUUAGGAAGUCUGCUAGGGGCUGUUCCUGAUCACUGCGUCGCGAUGUGGUUCGAGAUUCUUCCCGGAGUUGCCGUUAUGGGGGUGUGCUUGCUCAUCCCCGGGUUGGCCACGGCCUACAUCCAAAAGUUCACUAACGGGGGCAAGGAAAAAAGGCUUGCUUGUUAUAAAUAUCAGUGGAAUCUGAUGGAACGAGAUAGGCGCAUCUCUGGAGUGAAUUGCCACUAUGUGCAGAAGGGUCUGGAGAAUAUCGACUAAGGAAGUAUUUUCCUGACAAAGUAACUGUCCCUUUGUUCAUCUGUCUCUGCAAAGAAGUGUAUGCUGUAUAUCAUGCAGCUUGCAGUGCUUAAUAAAAAUAAAUGGACAAGUAAAAAA